GGGGUGUGGACCCUCCUCCCGAGCCCCGGGGCCGCCCUCCCGCUCCCAGUGCCCGCAGUGCGCGCCUGGGCCUCGGGGAUGUUACUGCCGUCUGCCCCCGAUGUCCGGGAGCUCCUGGCCCGGGCCGGCCAGCCGGAGGUGCUGCGGUUCUGGGAGCAGCUGACGGCCGAGGAGCGGCGGCUGCUGGAGGCCGCGGUGAAGCAGCUGGAGCCGGGCCCGCUCCGGGCCCACUGUCAGGAGGCGGCUACGGCCCGGCACCGGGAACAACAAGCUGCUCCAAACACCCACCGGCACAUGCAGCCCCUUCCCGGGGAAGUGACCGGCAGCUCGGCCCGGGCUGAGCCCCAGAGCCUGAGGGGCUGGAGGGAGCGCGGUUUCCAUGAGAUCUCUGAAAGCCGUGUGGCUGUUCUUCUCUUGGCUGGAGGACAGGGCACACGUCUGGGUGUGCCAUACCCAAAGGGAAUGUAUGAUGUUGGGCUGCCGAGUGGCAAAACCCUUUACCAAAUCCAAGCAGAGCGGAUUCGCAAAGUACAGCAGCUCGCUGAGGAAAGGCUAGGCAAGAAAUGUGUUGUCCCUUGGUACAUCAUGACCAGUGAAUUCACAUUGGAACCCACACAGAAGUUCUUCGCUCAGCAUAACUACUUUGGUCUGGUCAAGUCCAACGUUGUCAUGUUUGAACAGCAGAUGUUACCAGCUGUCGACUUCAAUGGGAGGAUCAUUCUGGAACAGAAGGGCAAGAUUGCCAUGGCACCAGAUGGAAAUGGCGGGCUGUAUCGAGCUCUGACAAACAACAGGAUUCUGGAGGAUAUGGACCGGCGAGGAAUCUGCUUUGUCCAUGUGUACUGUGUGGACAAUAUCCUGGUGAAAAUGGCAGACCCAGUCUUCAUUGGAUUCUGUGUGGAGAAGGGAGCAGAUUGUGGGGCAAAGGUUGUUGAGAAAGCUUACCCCACAGAGCCGGUCGGGGUGGUGUGUCUUGUAGACGGAAUCUAUCAGGUUGUGGAGUACAGUGAGGUCAGCCAGGAGACUGUGGAGCAGAGGAACCCUGAUGGCAGACUCACCUUCAACGCUGGCAAUAUCUGCAACCACUUCUUCACAGUGGACUUCCUCAAAUCAGUGACAGAGGAGUUUGAACCUCAGCUGAAGCGUCACAUAGCUGUAAAGAAGAUUCCCUACGUUGAUGAGCAAGGGAACGCUGUGAGACCAGAGGUGCCCAAUGGCAUCAAGAUGGAGAAGUUUGUUUUUGAUGUUUUCCAGUUUUCCAAGAAGUUUGUUGUGUUCGAGGUUUUGAGGGAGGAUGAAUUCUCCCCUCUGAAGAAUGCAGACAGUGCUGGGAGUAAAGAUACCCCAUCAACAGCACGCAGGGCCCUGCUAUGGCAGCACUAUCGCUGGGCAUUGCAAGCCGGAGCCCACUUCCUGGAUUCCAACAACAUGCGGAUCCCCCAUCUCACCCGGCACCAGGAGGCUGAGGAACCACCUGCAGUUUGUGAGAUCUCUGCAUUGGUCUCUUGUGAAGGAGAGGGUUUGGAGGAAUAUCUGAAGGAUCGGGAGUUCCGUUCUCCAUUGCUUUUAACUGAGGAAGCACUGACUGCACUGGGACAGUGCCAGUGAUGGCCUGUGUGAGUGAAGGAAGCUCAUUGCCAAGGAAGGACUUUCUAUCGAGAACUGGAUCAAGUGCCUUAAUUUUUAUACUGUUGAUUCAUAAAACUAAUUCCUGAUUUUUACUCAGUGGUUUGACUGAGCAGCUGGGGUUUUAUCCAUUACUGGAGGCUGGGUGUUCCCUGGGUCGAGAUAACAUCUAGAACCUUGCCCUGGAGAGGACCGACACAGCACAGCUACUGUCUCUCACAGACUGCAUUGAACCUGUAUUUACAGGGCCAUGGCUGGUCAAUGGGACACCUCACUCUGCUAAACCCCCAGUCAGGGGGCAGUGGGACACCACACCACACUAAUAUCCCAAUCGGGGGCAGUGGGACAUGUCACUGUAAUAACACCCCCCCCCAAGUCAGGGGGCAGUGAGACGUGUCACCCUGCGAAACCCCCCUCCUGGGGUCAGUGAAAACCUCACUCUGCUAGACACCAUCCAGAUCAAAGAAGAGUUAUUGUGGUUUACACCCCAAACUUAAGCAGCAGGAACACUACGUGGGAAUGUGAUCCCCUGAGCCUGCCCCUCCAAUCCUGGCUGGUUUUCCCCCUCAGUCCCCAUCCCCCUUGGGAGUUUAAAACAGGAUUGAUCGCUACCUUUGACGUAGUUCAUCUUCUCUGAAAGAGUGACACAAAGAUUCAUCGUACAGUGGAGAAAUUCAUCGUCUUCAGUGUUGAGCCUUCACUCCCCACGCUGUAUCCUGAGAUGAUCUCUGUGGUACAAGCUGUCCCAAGUGGAGGAGACAGCCACCACAUCAAGUCCCCUCAGCAAAAGAUGUGUGUCAAUGUGACCACCUCCCUACCCCCCAGGUCAGCUCUGGCUGAUGAGCUCCAUUUCUAUAAAUCUAUCUAUUUGCAAACUGAGUGAAAAGGAGGCACCAUGGUAACAGGGAGAGAGAGAGACCAUGUUUCACCAGAGACACUACCAGCCACUGAGAUACCGUGUGCCUUAGACAUUGCUGCUGCUGUUGGACGUUAUUUCAGAUUUCACUCCGGGGACUAGCACUGAUCCUGCCUGCCGACUUUCUAAUCUCUUGAAUGGUCACCAUUCUGAGAUGCUAGCGUUGGAUGGCCUGAGGGUGGGACACUCCAGUUUUUACUGUUUGUCUCCUACGCCCAAUAUGUACUACUUCAAAUCAGAUAACCUCAAUUAUUUGAAUAAAAAGUCUUAUUUCA